CUUUCCAUAAAGGUUGUGCCAAUGCUCACUCCCACCAUCAGAAGAAAAGUACUCAUUUAUCUGAUAACUGGAGAUAUGAAAUGUGUUUUGAUUAAUAUACUGGCCACUAUACUUCUUCUGUGCAUUAUGCAUUCCCUUCUUUUGUUUGAUUAUUUGGAGAUUUAAUUGAUAAUGGUUUCUUCCUUUCUUCUUUCCUUCCUUUCUUCUUUCUUUUCUUACUAAAAAAUUAACAUUUCAGAUUUUUCAUGGGAUGAGUCUUGAAUAAUUAAGUACGUUACUUGUUAAGACACAGCCUAGAAGCAUUUUUUCUACUCCCUCCCACAGUAGUGUUAUAAAAAGAUUACACCAAAUUUCACUUUUGGAAUUCUCUUUGAUGACAAAUAUACUAAUAUUCCUUUUCCCAGGCUCAUUCCAAAUGUGGCAGCUUUUAGCAGCAACAUGCUGGAUGCUUCUUCUUGGACCUGUAUGUGGUUAUUAUAGGGAAGGACCCACCACAAAUCCUGAAGCUAAUAUGAAUAUUAGCCAGAUUAUUUCCUACUGGGGUUACCCUUAUGAAAAAUAUGACGUUGUGACAAAAGAUGGCUAUGUCCUUGGAAUUUACAGGAUUCCAUAUGGAAGAAAAUGUCCCAGAACAGCUCCAAAGCCUGUUGUGUAUUUGCAGCAUGGUUUAGUUGCAUCUGCCGGGAAUUGGAUUUGCAACCUGCCCAACAACAGCUUGGCUUUCCUUCUGGCAGAUGUUGGGUAUGAUGUAUGGAUGGGGAACAGCCGGGGAAAUACCUGGUCCAGAAAACACUUGCAAUUUUCACCCAAAUCACCAGAAUACUGGGCCUUCAGUUUGGAUGAGAUGGCUAAAUAUGACCUUCCAGCCACAAUCAAUUUUAUCGUAGAGAAAACUGGACAGGAGCAACUCUACUAUGUGGGCCACUCCCAAGGCACCACCAUCGCAUUCAUAGCAUUCUCUACUAAUCCAGAACUGGCUAAAAGGAUUAAGAUAUUUUUUGCUUUGGCUCCAGUCACCACAGUGAAAUACACCCAAAGUCCUAUGAGAAAAUUAUCAUCUCUUUCCAGAAAAGUAGUCAAGGUAUUAUUUGGUGACAAGAUGUUCUCUCCUCACACAUUUUUCGGGCAAUUCAUUGCCACCAAGGUGUGCAACAGGAAGAUAUUUCAUCGUAUUUGCAGCAACUUCUUAUUUACUUUGAGUGGAUUUGAUCCAAAGAACUUAAACAUGAGUCGCUUGGAUGUUUAUUUAUCACAGAGCCCUGCAGGGACAUCUGUUCAGAACAUGCUGCACUGGGCCCAGGCUGUUAAUUCUGGUCUGUUCCAAGCUUUCAACUGGGGAAAUCCUGAUCAGAACAUGAUGCACUUCCAUCAGCUUACACCUCCCCUAUACAAUGUUUCGAAGAUGGAAGUUCCAACAGCAGUGUGGAGUGGUGGACAGGACGCUGUUGCUGACCUCAAAGAUGUUGAGAAUUUACUCCCUAAAAUUACCAGGCUUAUUUAUUACAAGUUGAUUCCACACUACAAUCAUGUGGAUUUUUACCUUGGACAGGAUGCACCCCAUGAAAUUUACCAAGACCUAAUUAGAUUGAUGGGGGAAUGUUUGCCAAAUUAAAUACACUUUCCUUUCUCCGAGCGAGCAAGCUUUUGUAAUGAGGAAUGUGGUGCACAGAACCUAAGGAGACCCCUCCAAUAAUUUUCACCUCCUAAUGUCCAAAAAUUUGUGUAAUCCUCUCCCCUUGAAUGUGGGAGUUACCUGAGACUUGCUUCUAGACAAGAGAAUUGGCAAAUGUGACGGGAUGUCAUACCCUUGGUUAGACUAUGUUGGUAACAAAGGUGAUAGAAUGUUAAUCCCUGAUUACAUUCUAUUAUAUAAGAAUCCAUCUCAGCAGACUGAAGCAAGAGAUUGUCCUUGUUGGCUUGAUGAAGUAGACAGAUAUGUUGAGAAGGCCCACGUGGGAAGGAACUGUAUGUGGGUUCUAGGAUCUGUAGGUGGCCUCCAGCUGAUAACCUGCAAAUAACUGGGACUCUCAGUCUUACACUUACGAGAAAACGAAUUCUGCCUAAAACUUGAAUGAGCUUGGAAGUCCAUUCUUUCCUAGUAAAGUUUCCAGUUGAGAAAGCAUCCUGUCCAACACGUGGGCUGCAGCCUGGAGAGACCCUGAGCAGAGAACUAGCUAUGCCAUGCCUGGACUACUGACCCACGGGAACAGUGAGAGAAUAAAUAUAUAUUAUUUUAAACCACUAAGCUUGUGGUAAUUUGUUGUCGGCAAUGGUAAACUGCUACUACUAUUAUUAAUAGUGAAUUAUUAUUAUUAUUAUCAUGAUUAUUAUUUUGUCUCUGGUUAGAAGCUUGAAAACUCCUGUUUUUUU